ACUGGAUUCCACUCAACAACGACCCAUAUUAUAGGUUUUAAAUGUGUGGUAGGUAAUGUCUGGAGGAAGGUUACCGCCGAGUCAUAAUGCGUUCUCGGUUGGUCAACAGCAACCAUACCUCAACCACGGUGGUGUAAAUAGUUUUCAGUCUUCGCAAAAUCAUGGAGAAUUUGUGCAACCAGAUAAAAAAGGAGUAAGUCAGGAAUCUCAACACACGUCUAUUGUCAAUAAUCAGACUCAGAGUGUUUCCCAAGACAUGAACCCGGCUUCGAAAGGUAAGGAAUCAUCUAUUGACAGAUUGAGUUUCAUCAAGUGAAGUAAUGUCACAAGAUUCUCCUCAGAAGCCAUGUCGAUUUCUUCGUGAAGGUUGUUAAAUUUUUUAAUCGUCUCAACUCGGAUAAUGUGGAAAUGUUAAGGUUAUUUCUUCAGAAGAUAAUUCAAAUUGUACUGGUUGAUUUGCUUAGUUAUUAUGUCGUCAUUAGUUUUAGUAGCAGGUUACAUUCGAUCAGCUGGUUGUAACGUAAAGCACUUAUGCUUUAAAUAUAAACCAACGAAUAAAUUUCCAGAUUUGGUUUCCUUGCUGAAUUAUAAAUCCAUUUCUUUACCACGCUAGCUUAAACAGAACAUGGGAGACAUGGUAUCGUGGCCGGAUAUACGUGUACAAUGCUAGCUUCUUUGGUUACAAUGUCUUUGGUAAUUCGUUCGUGCCCAGUAAUUAAUUGCGGAACACUUCAAUUUGUUAGCUCAUGUAUAAAGUUCGCUCUGUAAUUUUAUGGUUGACAUAGUUCUGAUUGAACUUUAAAGGAUUGUUGUUGUAGAUGAUAUACUUAGAUUAUUAAUGUAAAUCUGGUCGUUAAUGCCUCUGAGUUAGUGAACUCUUUUUCAUGUACUUUAAACAUUCCAAUAGUGCUAUGUCACAUUAUCUUAUACUUGAUUUCCAUAUAUCGUCCAUUAAUAACCAUGUUGAACUUUAAUUUUAGCUGUAUUACACUCAGGUAAAUUUCUGCAAUAUUGAUCAAAGAACUAAAAAGCCAACCAUGGAAUUUUUCAAUUUAUAUAAUUUUCUCCUUUUGUUUAGGUUACCAAGCUCAGUACCCAGGCCAAUGGCCUACAUCUCUAUCACCAGGCCAUAAUCAAUACAGAACCAACCCUCCAAUGGUUAAUAACAUGGUUGGUGCAUCACCACAUUCUUUGAAUAAUUCUCAUGAAUCCUCAUCAGCAUUGCCACCCAACAGAAGUCCAAUGAAUCUGCAAACUGGUCAGUGAAUAUUCAAUCUUAGCAGCUAGUUGGUGUUUUUAAGUUGUUGUCAUAGCAUUUGAGCUAGUGAUGACUGUCAGACUGUUGUGGAUGAUCUGGGAGACUGUCCAGGUCAACCAGUGUCAGGAAAAAAUUAUACAGGUGUCUUACUUAUAUUUCUGAAAAGAUCGAAAAACUAGACUUCAAUAUCUUUAUGACUAAUCACUCUUUUUUUCACUGAUGAUGACAUAUGCACAUUUUGUCCAAGUGCUGGUUAUCCUCAACCACAGCAGGACCUCUAUAUAGGUCUGUCCUGUUCUGGAUGAUUGACCAUUUCAAAAGGAGUAAUUUAUUUUGAAUUUUAUUCUGCCUACAUCUACACAGUCUGAACUGAUGAUACAUCAGGCCAAGGUUCUUUUAGUACAGACCUCAAAGUUAUUUGUCUUCAUGAUACUUUUUCGAAUGUAGAUGAAAGGAAGUGGGUGGUAGUUUUAAUUUAAAUUAAGAGUAGGAGUUAAGCACUGUCAGCUCCUCUUUUGUUUUACCAAACUUAGAUAAGUUGUUUCAUUUUGUUUCAGGGCAAUCUGGAAAUCACUCUCCAUCUCCUAAUGCCAUUGCUAAUGGCCCUGUCUCAGGAGUUGGCCCCCCUAUUGGAAGUUCCUCUUCACAACCUAGAGUGGGACAAGCUGUAUCAAAUCUUAGUGCACCCACCCAUGGACAGUCCACCCCACCUUCAGGAUCUGCUUUAGCAAAUGGACCCUCCCUAAAUUCCAAUUCUCAGCAGCAAACCAUAAUUAACAAUACUCAUGGAAUGCCACAAACUGGUUCUGCUUUCACUCCAGUUACCUCCCAUUCAGGGCAAUCAUCACUGUAUCAAAAUUCAUCCUCUAUGCCACCCCUGCCAAGUCAGUCACGGACUGGGUUGCCUGUACACGGACAGUCAAAUACCCCACCCCAGAUGCCCCAAGUUGGACAGAACACAAAUUACAGUGGACAAGCUCAAGGUUUUCCAUCUGGUUUAUCUCCAACCAUAGGCCAACCAGGUUCUCAGCCAUUGUCAGCUCUUCAUUCCAAUAAACCAAAGAGACCUACAAUGCCAAUGACCACAGGACCUGGUCAUCCAGGGCAGGGUGGGAGCCCAUUGCAGAGAUCAACACCUCCUCCUUCAGCUGGUUUUCCAGGGUCAACAAUGGGGCAGCAGAUAAUGCCACCCCCUCCAACAGGUCCAGGGGGUGCGACACCAGGUCAGAGUCUAACCCCACCCCCUCCAUCAAUGUCUCCAGGAUCAGCUAUGCCACAAACUGGUUUUAACAGUCCACCAACAGGAUAUUCUCCCACUGGACAGGACUCUCAGGCUGGGAGACCCAUUUCUUCGAGGAGGAGAAUGUACCCUUCUCAGGUAAAAGUUUGAAAGUUAAACACAAAGAUGUGCUUUAAAAGGAGAUGUGCCUUAGGUACCUCUGGAUCAUUUGUUAAUCAGCAGUUGUGGCAUACAGACCUCUAUAUUUAAAACAGCUUGAGCUGCAGCUAAUCCAGAGUGAACAAACAGGAGGAAGAUUUCUCAAAAGCCAUAAUUGUUUUCUAUGUUUUUAUCAUAAUUAACGAAUUUGUUGAAAUUUGUAUCUCCUUCUUCCUGUCAAAACCCUCUUCAUUUGUGUUGGAAAAUUUAAAAAGAUUCACUUUGCCAUCAUGUAAUAUUACUAAAGCUUAAUUUGCAUUUGAGCUAAAACCAAGGGGCAGAACCAACUUAUUUAUAGCGCACCUUCUUGUUUUUUUUAUUAACAUUUAUUUUGACAUGUGGGCGAUAACGAAGUGAAGAUAUGACUUUAGUAGGUAAAGAAAUUGCAUAAAACUCACUUAAAAGUAAUACCCAAAAAGUUCUAUUAUCUGGGAGGCAGUGGUGCCAAUCCUGUUCAAGCUUGAAUUUUGCAGGCUUCGUUAUGGAAAUUUGAUUAACUCUCUCCCAAGAUCUGAUUGUUAAUUCUCCCUUCUAGCUGCUGCACAUUUUCUUGUAAAUAGGUUACAAGAAUUUGGUGUUAGAUGAAGAUAACAACUUCUAUCUGAUAAGUUUGAAUAUUCUGAUGACCUGUUUGCUGGAUAAUGUUUAGAUAUUAUAGGGAGAAAUUACUUGGUAAUCUUUUCUGGAAGUUAAAGGGUUAAAUUGCAGCUCACUACAGGAUCUUGAAUGUUGAAAAUGUACUGCUCACUAGCCACUUGCAUCUAAGUUCAAAUGUUAUCUCAAUGCUCAUUCUCUUGUAUGUUUUUUCUUAUUAUCAUUUGUUGGAAUUUGUAAAUUUGGUUAACCCUUUAACUCCCAAGAUCUGAAUGUUAAUUCUCCCCUCCAGCUUUUACAUAAUUCAUAGCAAAUAUUAAUAAGUUAGGCAAAUUUGGUAUUAGAUCAAGAUAACAACUUCUACUGGAUAAGUUUGGGUAUGCUCAUUUGCCCUUUGCUGGAUAAUGUAUGAUUAUUAUGGGGAGAAGAUUCAUGUUAAUCACUUCUAAGUGAGUUAAAGUAUUAACUUGUUUUAUUGCCAGCCAAUGCAACCUCCAAUGCCUGGGCCAGGUGGAAUGAUGAAUGCUCCUGGCCAGAUGAACCAACCCUAUCCAGGUCAAAUGUCUCCUAUGGCUCAACAACCACCUGUUGUAAGUGUUAUGUGUUCAUUUCCAAUAUGUUUAAUAUUGUCCACUUUUAGUUGAGGACUCCAGAUAGGGUGGUCCACUUUUGAGCCCUUGAGAAGUAAUGGUGUUGCAUUCUUGGGCAAAGCACUUCACUCUCACAGUGCUUUUCCCUACUAUGAGGAAAUCUGGAGGGAAUACAAUUUUUAUUCCUCUCCUGGUAAAUUGCUAUCACCUCUCUUUGGUUGGAUACAGGUGCUCAUUUUCUAUUCCACUCUCUUGCAAAGGAAAAAUGCAAUAGUUUCUUCACAGCUCUGUAAGACACAUACUCUUGAAAUGUAUGAAAUAAAACUGUAAUAAUGUCUCAGGGUUUUCUUUAAGGUUUUAAGUAGCUGGAGCUUUUUUAAAGGUAAAUGGUUGUGGGUCUUGAAAUCCAAUAUGGCAGAAAAAAUGUCAUAUCGUUUGUACUUUCCUGCUACCACAGCAAGAUUUGUCAAAAAGACAGUCCCCAUUGGAACAUUUUUAAACUAACCUUGAGUCAGAAGUCUUUUUAUGUUUUCAGAAAAGAUAGGCAGUGUAAAUUUAUCUUUUUAUUGAGCCCAAGUUUAGACCUGACAAACAUCAUCUCUGUACGGGUUCUCGAAGCAAUGAAAGUAGCUGGUGAAACCUUGCAGAGAAGCCGGUGUCCUGAUGUCUGCGUUAUGUAUUAACUUCACAAUUUUUAUAUUUAGAGUGGUAAUACACAACAGUUUCCAUCUUCUGGCCUGGAAGGUCCAAUGGGAAGACUAACUGUGCAGGUAUGAAAAAAUGCCUGUACUUUGUUUGGAACUGCUGCUUUCCUAAAUGAUCAAACCAGAAAAACAUGGGCAGGUCUUGACCCUUUAACUCCCAUGAGUGACCAAGACAGAAUUUCUCCUUACAAUAUCAAUACAAUAUCAACCAGAUAAGGGAUAAGAAUAAAGAAAAAUAUCAAUUUGGGGAUAAGUAGUUGAUCCAAUACUAAAUUCUCUGAACUAACAUUAUAAGAAUUGUAUGGUUGACAAUAAGAAGAAUUACAAAUUUGAUCUGGGAUUUAAAGAGUUAUGUCACUUCUCCACAUCCCUUUGUAUAGACUAGCUUACCUUUGUUCUCUGUGGUCCAUUUGGUAGGCCAACAAUUCGAAGAUUGGACCUGGUUGGGUUAUGAAUCCUUCCAAAUGUUGAACAUCUCUCUUAACCCUUAAAACCCUAGGAGUGAUUGGCAUCGUAUUUCUCCCUGCAGUAUCACAAUGGACCUAAACAGUAAGGUCAUGAGAAUAAGGGAAAUGAUCAACCAACAGUGAAGCUCUUAAUUGUUGAACAAAUUCUCUGUAUCAGUACCACUGGAAGUGUACAGAGGACAGUAUUGAGAAUUAGGGUGUAAAGGGUUGAAUUAAUAUUAUUUGUAAAGUUACGAAAGGAAAAGGUUUGGCUCCUCUGAUAAGCAUGUUCUUUAUUUAUUAACUUAUCUUUAACAAAAGCCAACAAAUUUUAAGCACCUUUUUUGGUACUCAGCGUCUAUAUAUAUCAGUGUGAAAAGUCCCCCUUGUGAUUACAAAAGCUUAAACUUUUUUCUGUCUUGUUUAUUUUACAGCAAUCUUCAGCUUGUCAACCCAUUAAUCUUUUAGAACAAAGGCAUGUUCUUCCCCAAACACCCAUUGAGCAGCCAACCCCUAAUUUACCUGGAGUGAGUACUGAUGUUGAAAUUAAUUUUUUUUUGUUGUCUGAUAUCUUUAAAAUAGUUUGUUGGUAUUUACUGCUCGUUAGAUAUUAUUUUACUUGUGGCAGCCAAGAAAAUGGAUUUUUGAGAGAGUGUUAUUAUUUGUGCAGUAGUUACCUAGGUUUAUUUAUAUUUCUUUGGGGUUGUGAAUGAAUAAUCUAUUUUGCUUUUUGUUACCUACAGGACCUACGGAAAAGGAACUGUGAUCCAAGGUUAGUGCAUUGAUACUAAGAUUCAUUGUGUUUGCAUGGAGUGGUUACCCCAGCAGGAUGCAGUGAUCACUUGCAAAUAUUUCUUUUUGUAUGGACCUCUCCUUCCCCCCUCCCCUAUCACAACUUUUGUAAUUUUGCUUCCUAGGGAAUCACCUAAUAAGUCAUCAAUAUCAUUUGAUAGUGUCAAAACUCAUAAUUUGUGUUUUCCAUUUUGUUACUGGCUGCGAAAGGUCAUGGUGAGCUUUACCGUCCCUGUGAUGUUUCAGAGUAUCUUGUGCUGAUUUGUUUUAAAUUAGAUAUCAACUUAACUGAAAUAUGUUCUUAUACUGAGCAGAGCUGUUAUGGAUUUUCUUGACAUUUUUUUUUUUUUCCAGUGUGUUGUGUUGCACUGUUAAUGCUGUUCCAGAAACCAAGAGUCUGUUGACAAAAUCUAAGCUCCCACUAGGAAUUCACCUUCACCCUUUUAAAGAUUUACAGGCAAGUUUUUUUAAAUCACUCUUCUUCAUGAUAACCUGCUUCAAUUAGAUUUUUGUUAUAUUCAGCCCUUUGGUUGGGUAUUGUAUAACAACUUGAAUUUUAGAAUUCUAAAUCAGCUAAAGAGAAAGUAAUCAAAAAAUGACUCGAGAUUUUGUUCUUUUCAACACUUUUCAUUUGACAGGUGUGUAGAAGUGACUUACAACAAUAUCAUUGUUAUUUCUUCAACAGAACCUUCCAGUUAUUCAUUCUUCUGUCAUUACAAGAUGUCGUUCCUGUAGAACAUAUAUCAAUCCUUUUGUAACCUUUACUGACUCUAGAAGGUGGAGAUGCCCAAUGUGUUUCAGAGUAAAUGAAGGUAUAAUAUUUUCUUUAAGUGUUUGCAAUGAACACCUCCCUUGUUUCCAGUAAAACUAGUUUUUAUUUAUGUACUCCUGCAUCUGUCUAUGUAAUAUACAGUACAGCUCAGAGGUACUUGGCCCGAAAUGCAUGCAAAGGGCAUUAAAAAAAGCAUGCACAGGCGUGCAAUUUUUCAAAAUGCACUCAAAAAACCUGCACAAAAGAAGCUUAUUAGUAUUUAUAAGGCAGUCUUUUGUUUUACCCUUUGUUUAACUUUAAAUGGUGUGUUAGAUUUAUUGACAAAGGAGGAAUUCUGAUGGGGGAUUCUGACUUGGUUUUGUCCAGAAGCAUUUGGCUUCAGUUCAUUUUCUGAAAUGACUUGCCUUAAACCUUGGCAGUAAAUCUUUUUUUUUUCCUUGAAGAAUACUGUUGAUUAGGCACGAGUAAAAAUCCGUUGUUUGUUAAUUAAGAGCUUAUUCAUACUGUUUUUUGGUUCCAGUUCCAGAGGAAUUCUGUUUUGAUCCUACAUCCCGACAGUAUGGAGAUCCAUCCAAGAGACCAGAAGUGAGGAAUGCUACAGUGGAAUUUAUAGCACCAUCAGAAUAUAUGGUGAGCUAUUUUAAUUUAUUAUUAAGUAAUGUUUGUUGUCUUUGUAGUUCUAUUGCAUAGUUCCCAGAACAAACCGGCAACACCUUGCCAUUAUGUCAGUUCAUUAUCCAGUAAUUGCAAUAUAGUUGAAGACAGUAGCAAGUGUAACAGUUAAAAUGUAGAGUGUUGUCAAGAUUCAAUAUGCAUUGUCAUGUUACUAAAAAAUCAAUUUAUACUAAUGUUGAUAAUGAUGUUUGAGUUAUAAUUAUGGGUUUUGUAUGAUUUGCAGUUAAGGCCUCCACAGCCAGCAGUAUUUCUGUUUGUUAUGGAUGUCUCCUUUAAUGCAGUAGAGACAGGUAGGAGUUUUUAAAUGUUUCUUAAUUUCAAAAGCUGAUGGGUACCAAAACAGUGUUGAAAAUUAACUUGCUAUAUGAAAGCAGCACUUGUCUAAAUGUAUCAAUGCAUCUAGAUCUGCUGAUUCACCUUUUCUUAACAAAAUUACUGUUUUUGAGCCCAGUGCUAGGUUUGUCUUUUGCUUUUACUUUACUGAAUUGAGUUGCAUACAUUAUUUCAUCUGAUCACACACAAGAAUGUUCUGUUUUUAGGACCAUUUCUUAUGUUUAUUAUAAUGCUGUUUUGGUUGUUACAGGUUAUCUACAUAUGGUUUGUAAAUUACUGAAAGAAAACUUAGAGAAAAUGCCAGGAGAUCUAAGAACACAGAUUGGAUUUAUAACAUUUGAUAGUACAGUUCAAUUCUACAGUUUAAAGGUGAGAAAAGCCAAAAGCUUACAAAUGUAGUUCCAAAACAUUAGUCUUUUGUGAAAAGCAAGUAUAAGAUGUUAAUUUUAUGGGGUAGUUAGUGGAGCUUAUUUCCAGGGAUUUCACACACUCUUCUUUCUGUUGACUCAUGAAAAACCAAUUUUCUCAACCAGGAAUAGUCACAUCUGUCAAUUCAUAGAUUGCAAGGGAGAAUGAAAGGAAAUAAGAUCAAUAAGAGAGAUACAGUGUACAUCUAGAAAGACAGGAUAACUUGGAUUGGAUUGGUCUUGUUUUACUCUCCCUGAUUGUUAGAAAAACGUCCUUUUUGUUUGCAUCAACAUGUGCUUUGCAUUCCCACUGGAUGCUUGGACGUUUACCUUCAUUUUCAUUUUCAGUUCAAAAGAUACCUUGGUUAUAGUUUCAUAUCACUUUGUAAAAGUUUGAUUAAUUAGUGUUGUUAAUCUUGUGUUAAUUUUUCCCUCUAGUCAAAGCUUUCACAACCUCAGAUGAAUAUUGUUUCAGAUUUGGAAGGUCAGUUCAAGCUUUCAAUUUUCCAGAAGUGUUUUAUGUAUGUUGUUUAUGUAUCCUGUUUGAUGGUGGUGUGUAGUACCAGUAAUAGCACCCCUAGAACUUAUGUACUUUAAUUUUUUUUUUUCAUACAUAUUUGCGGUCACUUGCUAAGUUAACACUAUAUAUGUUUUACUAUAGACAUUUUCCUUCCAUCUCCUGAUGACCUUCUGGUGAAUUUGAAUGAAAGUAAAGAGGUACACUGAGUGAUUUAUUGUUUAAUAAUAUCUGGGAAUUGAAAACAAGAAUGCAUAGAUAGAUGAUCAAAUUGAUUGCUGUCAAUGUAAGAUGAGUAUGCUACUAUUGGCUUCACUUUUUUUUGGUGAUUUUUUUUUAGCUUGUAACUCAACUGCUGGAUUCUCUUCCAACCAUGUUCAACAGCAAUCGCAAUGUACACAGUGCAACAGGUGCAGCCCUACAGGCUGCUCUCAAAUUAGUGGUAAGUCAAUAUAUGUAGCCAUUUUUAGAAAUUGUAGGAAACUUGUAAACAAUUUACUGUAACAGUGUUGCCAAACCUAUUGGGGCUUUUGAAUUUACAUUUUGAUCCUGCCCACUUAACUAAACCUAAUUUAUGGUUAAUGUUGCCCUACUUUGGUCUUAUGUAGAGUUGAUGGAUAUGAUAGAUGCAGGUCCUAUGUGGCUAGCUUUUCAGGAGUGAAUCUUGGGGAGGGGUGUAAGGAGUGCAACCCCCCCCCCCCUACCGAAACGGCCUGCAGUUUUCUAAUAUAUAGUUACACAAAAUCUGCUGUAUCGUUUUCUAUGUUUUCUAUGUUUUCUCAGCAGUUCAUGUGAUGUUAUUGACUAGUCAUAAGCCUUCUUCUUUGUUAUUCACUUUUAAAAAUUUUUACCAUUGCCAAUCACCUGUCAAAAAUCAUGGAUCUGCCCUUACUUAUUUUUUUUUACAGUUUGAACACCUGCUAUCCUUGGUACUCAAUCCUGUGUUUUCGUUUGUCUCUUCCAGGGCCACAUAGGAGGUCGUGUGACACUUUUUCAGACAACAUUGCCUAACAUUGGCCCAGGACAAUUGAAGAAGAGAGAGGAUGGACAGAAAUCUUCUCCAAAGGUAAUUCAGAAACACAUGAGACGUUUUCGUUAUUAUCAAAUUACUUAAUUCUCACAUCUGUUAAGGGUCGCCUCGGUGUGGACAGCGUUCUUGAGCAAGACACUUCACUCUUAUUGUGCCUCUCCUUACCAAGUAGUUUAACCCUUAAACUCCCAUGACUGACCAGAAUUUCUUCUUACAGUGUCAGGACCACAUCAACCCGACAAGUAAUGAGAAUUGAGAAAAAUGUCAAUUGGGUGUUAUAAGUUGAUCCAAUACCAAAUUCUUACGAACUAAUAUUAUAGGAAUUGUAUGGCAGAUAGUAAGGAGAAUUACUAGCGAGGUUUUGGAAGGGAAAGGGUAAACUGGGUGCUGAUGAACUCUCAGAAAAACCUGAAAAAAUGCUGAUGGAGUUGUGUUCCAUCCAGGAGGAGUCACCUCGUGCUACAGAGUGAGCACGAGCACAGCCAGUUGUUAGCCACGUGGCUACAAAGACUUAACCUCCUUUGUCAUUCCAUUGUGCUUCGCUAUACAGCAGUAAUAUAAACUUUUAAAUUGUACGUGAUUUUGAUCUCACAGAAGCAAAGUAUUGUAUUACAUGUAAUUAUUUACAUAGGAAUUUAUCUUUGUCUUUUAUAGGAUGUUCAGAAUUUAACACCAGCUACAGAUUUCUACAAGAAGUUUGCACUGGACUGUGCAGCUGAACAAGUUGCUGUUGACCUCUUCUUGCUUUCAGGACAGUAUGCUGAUAUUGCUACCUUAAGUAAGACUGCUAGUGAUUUUAAAUAUCUUUAUUGCCCUUGUGUGAGUGUUCUUUUUUUUUAGCAAAGUCUGCAAGCAUUGUUUUGUUCUUACCGAAAAAAAUUGUUUGUUGAACAUUUUAGUGUGUGCGUCAAAGUACUCUGGAGGAUCCGUCAUGUAUUAUCCUGACUUUCACGCGUCAAGGAACCCUGCUGCAGCAGAAAAAUUUGAAAACGAAUUUGUGUAAGUAACCUCACAAAGCUUGCGAGCAGGCGCUCAUUCUAAACGAUCCAGGACGUGCGUUUCUCAACCCGCGGGAAGCUUUGAGGCGAGUCGGGGAAAGGUUUGCCGGGAGUCUCAUUAUCUCUGCUAGACUCCUUGCAGACCUCGUGCCGAAGCGCCCGUGCCGAAGCGCCCGUGCCGAAACGCCCGUGCCGAAGCGCCCGUGCCGAAGCGCCCGUGCCGAAGCGCCCGUGCCGAAGCGCCCGUGCCGAAGCACCCGUGCCGAAGUGCUCGUGCUUGCUUGGGGGCUAAAUUUUACGUAAUAACUGUGUGGCCUGUUAAAGUUUUGGAGUAAAAUAAGGGUAAAUGUUCGGUCUUUUUUUUUUUAGGCGUUAUCUAACAAGGAAGAUUGGAUUUGAGGCAGUUAUGAGAGUGCGUUGCACAAAAGGUAAUAUACGGCAUCAGAGCAAUUUUAACCCGUUUAAUAAGGUAUUCAGUAGUUUUUUUUCCAUCUUAUUCUCUCUACUUGAUCAAAAUCCCUUUGUUUUCACCCAGCCCGAGAGUUUCAAAAAGAAGGUAGAUAAUUUCUUGUGGGAUAAUGUCCAAGGAAGGAAGCAGUAGAAAAGAUUCAUGAUUAAAACAUUAAGACCAAAACAGAAACGAGUAUGUGCAGUCAGUGGUCAGUGGUCAGUGGGUACUCGUUUGGCAGUGUUUCGCUAGGGACCCGCAAAUGGAUUUAGCAAGCUUUCAAGGGUUGAGGCUUCAUUUUUGAGGAUUCAAAUUUCGAAGAUGGGGUUUGAAUUUCGAGAUUUUUUCCCACUAACGUCACCUUUUGUCAUCAGGGCUUUCAAUCCACACCUUCCAUGGAAAUUUCUUUGUACGCUCCACGGACUUAGUUUCUUUGCCGAACGUGAGUCCUGACAGUGGCUUUAGCAUGCAGAUUGACAUUGAAGACUCGCUGACAGACUCCAAUCUGGCUGUGUUUCAGUCUGCUCUUCUCUAUACAAGCACCAAAGGUAGUUUGAUCCUUAAACACCUGUUUUUCGUGUUUGUGUUUAAAUUUACUUGUCUUUGACAGAGAUAUCAAUUGUUAACAACUCAGGCCGUUUUCUUAAUCUCAACGUUGGUCUCUGCGUUUUUUACAGGUGAACGGCGCAUCAGAGUACAUACUCUUGCUUUGCCGAUCACAAACAAGUUGGCUGAUCUGUACGCCACUGCUGACGUACAGGCUAUUGCCACCCUGCUUGCCAAAAUGGGUGAGUCAGCCUUACUUUUGAUUCCUUCGUGUUUGUUGUUCGACCUAUUAAACAGAUCAAAGAGAGCGUUUUAAAGCUGACGUUUCGAACGUUAGCCCUUCGUCAGAGUACACACUCGCUCUGAUGAAGGGCUAACGCUCGAACUUUCAGCUUUAAAACUCUCUCUUUGAUUUGUUAAAUAGGUCGAACAACAACGGUGGCCAAUUUGCGCUAUUAACUCUGUUGACAGUACCAAAUUACCUUUUUAUACUCUCCUACCGACGCAGUACCACAUUUCCCUUUAGAAUCUUAUAUUCAGUGAUCAAAGAUAGGAUUGCUUUGAUAUGUCGUCACUUCUUUCCAAGAUGAUAUGUUUACCUGCUAUAUUUAAGAGGCUUUUCAGCUUUUUUUUUUUUGAUUAUCAUGCACUUUUCUGAGAGUGUUGUUUUUGUUGCUAUUUUUCUCUAGCUGUCGAUAGGACACUGACUUCAUCCUUAGGGGAUGCUAGAGAGGUAAGUACAGUGAACGCGGACUAUUUACUAAAAGCUCAGUCAAAGAGCUCUCGUCGAAAAGUGCACAUAGUCACUCAUCUCGACUCACCCCCUUUCAAUAGACGAUAGAACUCACUUUCUAUGGGUUUACCGGCAUAAUAACCCGCAAAGGAUAUUGGGAGCACACGAGGAAAGUUUAUAAAGACAAACCGGAGGCGUGUUCAAGUGGCUUAUUAUGACGAUAAACCUAUAGAAAGUGCUGUUUACUACUUUUAUAAAAUAAACUUCAAUUUUUUGGGGUUUACCGGUGCAAUUAGCGAUAGGUUUUUGACCAAGCAGAGCGCUUGAAGUAUAUCGGUUGUUUUAUUAGGUUCAAUUUUGCCUAACUGUUAUUUUCCAGUCAGGGCGCUUGAAGUAUAUCGGUUGUUUUAUUAGGUUCAAUUUUGCCUAACUGUUAUUUUCUGUUGUUUUUUCCUUUAGGCUUUGUUGAACGCGUGUAUUGACACUCUUAGCGUUUACCGUUCCUCGGUAGCGAAUCAACCACAGAGUAGCGGACUGAUAGCGCCCUAUUCUCUGAGAUUACUUCCGCUCUUUAUCUUGGCUAUCAUGAAACACGUAUGUAGGACAGUGGACUUGAAUUUUGGGUGUAUUUUACCUUCCUUUUUGUUACUCUGUUGUUUGUCCUAACAAGCGUGUUUUGUAAAAAAUUGUUAAAGAGGAAAUUUGCUAGAAUCGAUUAACAGAACAGGACUCGGGGUUCUUGGGGGUGGUUAUACUUAUGCAGGUUCUACCUAAAAAUGAAUUUUCACACAUUUCCUUUGUGGAAGUCAAAAUCGGACAUAUUCUGUCUUGAUAAGUGAUAUUGCUUAAGAGAACGAUCUAGUUUGAAAGGGGCUUAUGAAUGGAGCUGAAUGUUAUAUUUCUAGAUCAGUAGAUGUGACGUUAUCAAUGUUCAAUUUCCGUAUGAAAUAUUGACAUUACAGGAGGAAAAUCAUUUUGUAGGUGUCUGUAGAAUGUGGCUCUACUGAGCGUUUACCCACAAUAGUUUUCAUCCGCUUCUAAUGUUCUUACAUGUUGCAUUUUCAGAUGGCGUUUCGUCUUGGCUCGACCUCUCGUUUGGACGAGCGGUGUUUUUCCAUGCAGCAGCUUAAAGUUAUGCCCCUCAGUUUGGUCAUGUUAUCUAUAUAUCCAAAAAUGUACCCGAUACACGAAUUGUCGGAUGAGGUACGCUUAGUGUUUAUAUUUUCUUACUUCUUUGUAGCGCCCUUAUCUUGUAUUUCUAGAGUUUAAUAAACAGAUUAAGACCGCCAAAUAGAAUAUCUAAAAUAUCCGUCGCGGUUGGUAAACUUAACCAAGUAUACUACUUUAUUUUCUCUUCCCCAGGGUGCUUUCCAGACUAAAUCUGGCCUGGUUGCUAAGCCUCCAAUUUAUCACCUGUCGGGCGAAAAGCUUUCCAGAAAAGGAAUAUUUCUUCUGGACGCUGGUCAUGUGAGUAGAUUAGGUUGUAACUUGUUGUUGUAAAUUAUCAAAUACGGAAACAAGUGAGAUUAAGCGAUAUGGUUGUUUAUUUGUUUGUUUUGUUUCUUUUAAAUAGGCUUUUUACUUUUGGGUCGGACGAGAUGCCCCUAUUGAUGUCAUCCAAGCUAUAUUCAAUGUACCAAACUAUGGCAGCAUUCCAGAGAAUAUGGUGAGGUUAAUUACUAAUUUUAUUGUGGAAAUUUAUCUUGGCUUGCUAUUUCUUUGACUUUAAGAGGUGGUGAAAAUUCAUGGUAUUAAUGCUUGUUGUCUAAAAAUAACUCAGGUCGUAUUAUUUUUUUUCAACUUCGUCAGGCAGUCGGUAGUCAUUGCGAUGUUAUUUUUGAAGAGAAGCUGUUUGAAAUCGGCAUGGAAAGUUGAAUGAUUUUGGAGCGCAUUGUAAUUGUGUUCCGUAACAAAAACCAAUCAUAAUAAAGGAAAAUAACAUAAGGAACCAAUGAGAAGGCAGUAGAAGAACAACAAGGCUGCCUGGCCUUUAGAAAAGGAAAACACUAGUAACACUAUGGGAACUUGCGUCUGGUGGAUGAAAGUGUGGCGUUAAUUGUUUAGACCAAUCAUGGAGCUGAGUGAAGCAAAAGCAAUGAAAUUUUGGACAAAUUCGUCUGACAUCUUCAGUAAAAAUUUUGGCAGCCAAAAUAAUCACGAAUCUGGAACCCUGUUAAAUACGUGAUUAGCGAGUAAACUAAUCUAGGUUGAUCACUGAUGUGCCCUUUAUUUUUUUCGUCACUUAUUAGGGAUCGCUGCCGGCGCUGGAAAAUCCUCAGUCAGAGAGAGUGAGAACAUUUUUAGAUUAUCUACAGACACAGCGAUCCUGCCAUGCAAACAUCUUUGUUUUAAAGUAAGUUCCACACCGAUCAACGGUGACCAUUGCAAAAAAUAGAUGGAGUUAACGGAACAGGCCUGUGAAUGGUAUGAGAAAGAUUCACUAUUCGUAGAAGAAAACUAGACGAGGGCAAAUCUUUGAGAGUCGCUCGCAAGUUGCCCAUAAUUUUGUGUACUGUCUUCGAAGUAAAACUGUUUGCGGUUACGAACAGGUACAUGCAUCUUAGCUACAAUUUCUUCCGAUGAUCCCAACGUUUUAUUGGUAAAAUAGAUUGUAGAUUGGAUUCUACAGGAUAAGCCAAGCUUAAAGCAUCUACUCUUUUUUUUACAGGGAAGACGGUCGAAUGAGGGGGCUAUUCCUCCAGAAUCUUGUGGACGAUCGUUCGGAAUCGGUUAUGUCUUACUACGAGUUCCUCGUCCAUAUUCAAAAGCAGAUUUCAAAGUGAGCUUAUUUCUUGGUGACAGUGGACUCGGAAAACGUAAAAACAGAGAGACACAAGACAAAAUCCCACAAAAAGCGGAAGAAUUCGGGAAAUUCCGUGAAAAUUAAUGGUCUGUUAGCUUGAACACUGAAAUCAUAUAAUGAAGCGUUACUACUCAUGAAAAGUUAUUACAGAGGAGUCAUAACGGGACUUGUGCCGUAAUUCGCUCGACAAGUGAAUGAGAAGACAACACAUAAUGUAUCAGUCCCACAGUCAUUGGAAUCAUAACCUUCGGGGGUCCGUGUGAUUCAAGCGUUGCCCCCUCCCCCCUCCCUCACUGCAUAACUGGUUUCCCAUUACCCGAAGAAAUAAACUACGCAGGCAGACGGGUGAAAGAAGGGCAAUUUAGGGGAAAAUCUAGGGAAAAAACUUCCUGGGUGUUACAAGCAGGUGCAGCUUGUUAUUUUCCAGAGAAUUCAAUGGGAAACUUUGUUUUGGUAGAGAUUAUAUAAUUUAGAAAAUUUACGGUUUUUUAUGAAUAAAUGUUGGAGCACUGCCAUGAAUGAACUUAAAUUUUCUGAAGGCUCUAUUUAAUUUUUCAUAUGAUUUAAAAGCUAUUAUAUUUUGCACGGUUUUUCAGUUAUUCACACAGUUUUUUCUGUUCAAAAGUAUUCCCCUUGUGAAUAAUUGUAAGUUUGCCUCACACAGCUAAAAGCUAGAACUUAAUAGGCUUCGAGGUAUUUUCGAUCUCUGUUCGUUUUGCCAUACCGACGAGUAAACGAACUGAUUAACUCCCAAAUUGCGAAGGAAGGUUCCACAGGUAGUUGUUAUCUGGUGAGAAAUUAGAGUCUCGAAACCAAAUUUUCUUAAAAUCUCUUAUAAAAAUAUUAUUAUGAGCUACGGAUUUUGUUCUUGGAACAAAAGGGACUAGCUCCUUAUUCAUUGAGAAAGAUUACAGGCAAUCUUUGAUCUCGCUUUCAUUAAACUGCACUUCACCAUUGAAGAAGUAGAUUAAAUCUUACGGCUGUUUUAUAUGUGGUUG